CAGAGUGGUGCGCGAUCCACAAACGCUAAAAUCGAAAGGAUACGGUUUUGUCUCGUUUGUGAAGAAAUCGGAAGCGGAAAAUGCCAUUACCGCCAUGAAUGGUCAGUGGUUGGGGUCUCGUUCGAUACGCACGAAUUGGGCCACAAGAAAACCGCCGGCGACAAAAUUGGAUGUUAAUGCCAAACCUUUAACCUUCGAUGAGGUGUACAACCAAAGCAGCCCCACUAAUUGCACCGUCUAUUGUGGUGGCAUCAAUGGCGCAUUGUCCGGCUUUCUAAACGAGGAUAUUUUGCAGAAAACUUUCUCUCCCUAUGGCACAAUUCAGGAGAUAAGGGUGUUCAAGGACAAAGGAUAUGCAUUUGUACGUUUCUCCACCAAAGAGGCCGCCACCCAUGCCAUUGUCGGCGUACACAAUACCGAAAUCAAUCAACAGCCAGUAAAGUGUGCGUGGGGCAAAGAGAGCGGCGACCCCAAUCACAUGUCGGCCAUCGCCGGGCAAGCACUAAGCCCCGGCUUCCCAUUCGGCACAGCAGCAGCGGCGGCAGCGGCAGCCGCAUAUGGGCAACAAGUGGCCGGCUAUUGGUAUCCACCAGCACCGACAUAUCCCACAGCUGCGCCCACGCCCGCCAACGCCCUACAACCGGGACAAUUUUUGCAAGGCAUGCAAGGAUUUACAACCUACGGACAAUUUGCUGGCUACCAACAAGGAUAUAUGGGCAUGGGCGUGCAAAUUCCCGGCACUUGGCAAAGUGUGCCACCACAAGCGCCGUUAGCGGGCGCCACCGCUCCACAAAUUGCACAAAGCGUCGGCAGCGGUCUGCCACAAGCCACCGGCGUUGUCGCCUAUCCCAUGCAACAGUUUCAGGUUAGUCCACAGCUUGCUGAAGACGAAUGGCUCGCACCGAGCCUGCUAGUGUAGCUGCCAUGAUGGCCCGCAUUUGCAACAACAAAUGGAGCAACAAAUGCUGCCAACGCUGCAGCAACAACAACAACUUUAUGUGCCUGCACCAAAGUCACUGUGGCACCGCCCAUACAGGCGCCGCUGCCAACAGCUAUUGCACCGAUAGCGGCAACCGCGACAACAACAACAAAUGCAGCGGGUACCGCUAUAUUGGCGGUGCAGCCGCAAAAUGCAGUGCA